AUGAAGCGACCGUCAAAUUCAGGGAAGCCUAUUUCUUGUUUUCUCACUAUGAAAGCUGACAAGCAGCCUGCGAUAAAUAGAAUUACCCAUCCUUAUAGAUUUAUUGAUAAAUAUUCUUCACGUUUUUCUGAUAUUGAUGAAAAUAACACCCUGUCCUUGCCGCAUUAUAAUACUAGCAUAUCUCAAACACAUGCGAAUGCAAAGCCAAGCCCACCUCAAGUCGCUAAUCCAAUGUUGUUAUAUAAAUAUCAAAUUUUUCAUGGAAGUUUAUACAAGCUUGAGCGCAAAAAAAAUGGGUCUUCAUAUGAUUAUCAGCAAAUAGUCUCGUCUCCUGUGUAUAAAGCUGAUCCAAAACCAAAAAGAGCCUUUUCAAGAUCAAACUGCAACUCCCCACAAAAUUUCGGCCAGUCAUAUUUGGAUUCUUUAAUGCCGAACUCAAAAAUUAUUAUGGUUGAUUCUCCUGUGAGAACCUCGAAGCAUAAUUAUUCUACAAGCCCUAGACCUAUAUCUAAGCAAGGCAAAGCCCAAAAUUCUUGUAGAUCUCCUUCUCAUUUUAUUUUUUAA